AUGAAUAGCCAAGACAGAGAAAUUGGAACACCCAUAAAUGGCUCUCUCAAGCUGAUCCAUAGAAGCCAUCAUGAUCUAGAUGAAGACAAAAAUGGAGUGUUUCCAUGUUUAUGACUUACUUGCAGUAGACAAACCUUGAAAUCCUUUGGAAAUGUGAAGAUCUCAAGAGAACUUAAAGAAUAUAAGAUCAACGCUCGCCAUAAGAUUAGACACAAAGCUCUCUCAUUUAUCAAGCAGCAGAGGGUUGAUUUCUUGUGGUUGAUCCAGCACCUUUUUAGUCCUCAUCAUAAGGUCAGGAAUUGACAUAUUAGACUUCCUGACACAGUUUUCUUUCGUAAAGGCAAAAUAGUUCUACGAGUGAAGUCAGAUGCAAACGACUUCUUACACCCAAUCAGAAAUCCUAAGAAGCUAAAGACUACAGAAAUCAGGUCAAAUUUCCCAACUAUUACCAGAGAAAGAAGGAAGCGGAAUCAAGUAGGUAGUACCCUCGAUAUGAUGGAGGAAGAAGAGGAAGAGUCUAGAGCAGUCACCAGCACUAUCAAGACUAAUAAAAUUGAUGUAUCUUCCAUCAGCUUCUCCAAAGGUGAAGCUUACAAAGAGUUUAAUCUUCCCCAAGGAAAGACCUUGCAUGGAAAUUUCUACAGAGAUAUUGCUAUAAUCCAAUAUUACAACCAAGAAGGCGCUUAUAAUAACAUUCAAAAGGAAGAAAAGCAGCCAUUUAUUUCAAAAAUUUACAAGCCGGUCUCUGAAAAUGAGUUCCUCAGAGUCAUGACCAGGAGGCCUAAUGAUGAUUACUGGAAAAAGAUUGAAUUUAUCCAAACCUGCGUUAAGGCGAAGAAAGGGAUUGGAGAGAAUAUUAAGAUUGACUUCUACUCCAGAAUCAGCAAGGAGUACCCAAUGAACCAUAUUGUUUACAAUUUCCGAAAAUUCAAAGCUGAUCAAUGGCUGAUGAAACACAAUCCCAAAGAAUAUUGCAGAAAGCAAGUAAUUAAGAUGUGAUAUUAUAUCAGCAAGUUGUAUAAUUAUGAAAUCCUCCGAAUGCAGUGUACCUUCCUAGCAGAUGACGAUGGCCUGAUAUGGUUUAGUAAGGUAGAAAACUGCUUUGUAAGAGUGAAACCUGGUUGCCAAGAAAACUCUUCCAUUUUUGAUAUGCCUCAAAAAGAUAGCGAUUCCAAAAGAGAGUCUUCUUUCACACCCCAAUUUCACUUUAAUUACAUCCACGGAGAACUGCAACAACUAGAAGAGAAGGAAAGAAAAACAACUGAGAAAAGAAUUCAUUCCCUCUCUACUAAUAUGCUUAGCCAAUUCGAACAGUUUAAGAAGGAAUCUACUGUCAUGGAUUACCUUGAGGAAAAAUAACGACUAUAAAGCUGCCAAUGAAGCAAUCAAAGAGUUGUACCCUGACAGAAAUUUCACACUUAAGGAUGUUCUGGCAAACGAUUCUUAUUCAUCAAAGAACCUUAACUCCUUCUCUUUUGGUGAGGGUAAUCCUCCUAAGACUAGCAAGGUCCUUAGUAAGAGCAUGAUGGAGGCCAGCUCUAAGCUAUCACAUAGUAAAAGUAAAGAGAGAAGUGUAAUAACCGAUUUUGGAAUUAGACCAGACCCUAAUAUGAAGAAGAGCACCAGUCUUGCCCAGAUAACCGGGAAUAAGUCUGAGCUUCUAAACCUACUCCCUGAUCUAGGAGCUAAUAACCAUUACAAGAGCAUUGAUGAUCCUAAAGCGAAGUAUGCUAACCCUCUUGGCUUAAGACGCUUAGGAGUUUACAAGCAUAGGUUCUCUAUCUCCUCAAAAAGUAGGGCCACUGGCCCUACUUCAAGGAUGAGUUACCUACAAAGUAACUCUAUGGCAUCAGACAGAACAGCAAGGUUUGCGCUAAGCAUUCCCUAUGAAUAAUUUUAUUUCCAUUUUCUAAA